AAAAAGAUAUCUCAAUGGUCUCGACAAAUUGGAAUUUGCGGCUAAACAAAUUUCUCAGAUGAGGAUUGUGCUGACAGAGUUAAAACCACAGUUAGAAGCUUCAGCCAAAGAAACAGCAGACACAGUGCAACAGAUUGAGACAGAGGAAGUAGUAAUUAAACGAGCAACAAUUGAAGUAAAGAAAGAUGAGCAUAUUGCAAAUGCUCAAGCUGAAAUCGCUAAACAACUCAAAAUGGAAUGCGAAGCUGAUUUAGCUGAAGCUCUGCCAGCCUUAGAAGAUGCAACAGCUGCACUUAACACAUUGAAGCCGGCGGAUAUUGCUGUGGUAAAAACUAUGAAAAGUCCUCCAGAAGUUAUCAAGCUAGUAAUGGCAGCUGUAUGUGUAAUGCUGAAUGUACCAGCAAUUAAAACGGAAGAUCCAACCACUGGCGCCAAGAUUCUUGAUUAUUGGACACCCAGCAAACGGGUAUUAGGUGAUAUCAAGUUCCUAGAAUCCCUACGACAAUACGACAAAGAUAAUAUUUCAGAGCAUGUGAUACAG